CGAACGCAAAAUCGACCAUUUUGUUGUAGACCUAAUUAAUUUUUUUGAAAUUUUGCAAAUUAAUUAACGAAACACUAUGCCGUGGUGCUGCAUACCCCAAAAGCCGGCUGAGAAUGUUAAUGAGUUGUACGAUCGUCUUAAGGCAAGCGACAGCAAGUCACUUCUGAAGAAAUACUUGACACAGGAAUGUUUCGACAAACUGAAGAAGAAGAAGACCUCCUACGGCGGGACUCUGGCUCUGUGCAUCAAGUCAGGUUGUAUCAACACGGACAGCAGUGUGGGCAUCUACGCCUGCGACCCUGACGCCUACAACACCUACAGUAUGUUGUUCGAUCCGAUCAUCAAAGAAUAUCACAAAGUGACGACGAUAGACCAUCCCGUCUGCCACUUCGGCGAUGAGAAGGACUUGGAUUUCGGUGACCUUGACCCCAACUACGACUACAUCUACUCCACCCGUGUGAGGGUGGGGCGGAACCUGGAACCCUACCCCUUCCCGCCCCUCAUCUCGUGGGAAGCCAGGUUGGAGAUCGAAAAGAAAGCUGAAAACGCCGUCAUGUCGUUUAUGGGCGAGUUCCAGGGCGAGUACUACCCCCUGACGGGCAUGUCCAGAUUUAGGAAAAAUAUUCUUACAGACCACCAUUUUCUCUUUAACGACAACAACAGGUUUUUGGAGGCCUCCGGUGCCUACGCAAACUGGCCCUCGGGGCGGGGUAUCUUCCACAACACCAAAAAAACUUUCUUGACGUGGGUCAACGAGGAGGACCACCUGAGGGUCAUCUCGAUGCAGCAGGGCGGGGACCUGAAGGAGGUGUACCUGAGGCUGGUCAUGGCCCUGGACGCCUUCCAGCUGAAUGGGAUGAAGUUUGCCUGGAGGGCGGGGCUGGGGUGAGUGACUCACGUCCCUAUCAUUCUGUUUGGUGAUCAUUAA